AAAGCAUGCGUGAUCUAUGGCUAGCUUUUAUGACCAGAAAGCUUGAUUGAUGCCGCGCGAUCAGACAGAUGUCAAGCGGCCAUACCCUCCACAAAAGAUCGACUGUACCUAGUCUACCCAAUACUACGCCAUGAAGGAACAAAACAUAACGGUGGCACUGCGUGUGCGGCCGAUCAACCCCAGAGAGGUCCGCUCCGGAGCUAGGCCGAUAGCUCGCGUCGUCGACAAGAACCUGGUGGUGCUAAUGGACCCCAACCGAGACAGCGACGAUAUCCUGCGGGCCAAACGGAGCCAUGACCACAGCUACAUGUUCGACGUGGCGUUCUCCCAGCGAGCGACGCAGAGAGACGUCUACCAGCGGACAUCGCAGGGCCUCGUCUCCAAAGUCAUCAGAGGAUACAAUGCUACAGUCUUUGCCUAUGGCCCCACUGGGGCUGGUAAGACGUACACGAUGCUGGGAAAGACGGGAGAGCCGGGGAUCAUGGCCCUCACUCUCUCCGACCUGUUUGCCAAGAUGGAACAGAACCAGGCUACCAGUCGCUACAGAGUCACCAUGGCUUACCUUGAGAUCUACAAUGAGAUGGUUCGUAACCUGCUGGGUCCGUCAGUUGGUAUCCUGGACCUGAGAGAAGACGCCCACGGAGCCACAGUUGUCUCGGGGCUGACUGAGGUGGAGGUGCAUGAUUCAGACGAGGUAAUGGAUCUCCUCACUCGAGGGAACCUGCGGAGGACUUGUGAACCUACUGCCGUGAACAAGACAUCGUCUCGCUCUCAUGCCGUUCUCAAAGUGACAGUUGAGCAGCAGAGUCGAGUGCUCAACAUGUGCCAGAAGAUUAGGACCGGAGUUCUGUUCAUGAUCGACCUGGCCGGCUCAGAGAGAGCGGCCAACACAGGAACCGGGGACUACGAAUGAAGGAAGGAGCCCACAUCAACGGUCGCUACUGGCGCUGGCCAACUGCAUCAACACUCUCAGCAGUGGAGGACAGUAUGUCAACACAGAGACAGCAAACUGACGCGACUUCUCAAAGACGCCCUCAGCGGGAACUCUUUCACGGUCAUGAUCGCUCACAUCAGUCCGGCCAGCAGCUGCUACGAGGAGUCAAAAAACACUCUGAAAUAUGCCGACAGAGUCAAACACCUGAAAACCAAGGUGAGCAGUAAUGGUGGUGGGAGGUGGACCAGCAUGUGUCGAGUACCAGGCAUGUAUGGAGUCAAUGAGGACUCGUAUCCUGGAGCUGGAGGGACAGCUGGAGUGGCGGGAGGGAGAGGGAGACAGUCUGUGUACUGAUCUCAGAGCUAUGCUCAAGGAGGAGAAGACUAUCAGGGAAGAGAUGGUGAGUGUGGAACACAGACUACUCUUGAACGCCGUGGAGAGGCAGAAACACACGGCUACAAUCAGGCUCCUGUGUGUGGCCUCCACACCCUCUCCCCUCCCUCCCUCCUCCCUCUCACCCCUCCCCACCACACUCGAGGACACCGGGCUGGCUUCUCUGCUGUUCAAACGAUCGUCCAAUUGGUUUGCAGAGCCAAGUCACAUGACCGAACCCUACCUCAGCAUGGAGGAUAUCACUGCUCCUCGGGGAGUCACAUGA